GACCUCGUGCACUGUUCUCUGACGUCAUCGGCGCGCGCCCGAGUGGCCCGACGCUGGUGGCUGAGUGAAAACAUCGAUCCGCGUUUGGAGAUUUUACCUUUGGAAAAACCAUGAGCACAGAGGCGACCGAGAAACCAGGUGAGGAGGGAGGGACCACUGUCGGAGGUGCUGGAAGUGGAGGGACACGUUUCGACCUGGAUAAGGAGACUGAGCUCCGCUUUGAGGUGGAGGCUGGAGAGCGGGUCCAGCUGGAGCUCUUGAACGGCAUGGCUGAGGUUUUCGGCUCAGAACUGAAUAGAAACAAGAAGUACACUUUUGGGCCAGGCUCUAAGAUCGCCGUGUUCACCUGGCAGGGCUGCAGUCUGUCGCUCUCAGGAAAAACUGAGGUGGCGUAUGUCUCCAAAGACACACCUAUGCUGUUGUACCUGAACACACAUGCUGCCCUGGAGCAAAUGAGACGACAAGCUGAGAGAGACAAUGAGAGGGGACCACGGGUCAUGGUGGUCGGUCCAACAGAUGUAGGGAAGUCCACAGUGUGUCGGCUGUUGUUAAACUACGCUGUGAGGCUGGGCAGGAGGCCCACGCUGGUGGAGUUGGAUGUUGGCCAAAGCAGUGUGUCUGUUCCUGGGACUAUGUCAGCGCUGUGCAUUGAGCGUCCAGCAGAUGUAGAGGAAGGCUUUUCUGUGCAGGCCCCCCUUGUCUUCCACUUUGGCUCCACCACACCAGGGACCAACAUCAAACUCUAUAACAAGUUGACAUCAUGUCUGGCCGAGGUGUUCUCCCAGCGCUGUGAGGUGAAUCGCAGGGCAAGUGUAGGAGGUUGCAUCAUCAACACCUGUGGCUGGGUGAAGGGCUCUGGCUACCAGGCAUUGGUCCACUGCGCUUCGGCCUUCCAGGUGGACGUGGUUCUGGUGUUAGAUCAGGAGCGCCUGUACAACGAGCUCAAACGUGAUCUGCCACACUUUGUCCGUGUCGUCCUCCUCCCCAAAUCCGGCGGCGUGGUAGAGCGUUCCAAGGACUGCAGGCGAGAGACACGCGACGAGAAGAUCCGUGAAUAUUUCUAUGGCUUCCGUGGGGUCUCCUUCUACCCACAUGCCUUCGAUGUGCGCUUUUCAGACGUACGUAUUUACAAGAUUGGGGCACCCUCCAUCCCGGACUCAUGCCUGCCGUUGGGCAUGUCCCAGGAUGACACCCAGCUGAAGCUAGUGCCAGUGAGCCCUGGCCGGGACUUGACCCAUCACGUGCUCAGCGUCAGCUGUGUGGAGGAUGAGGUGGAAGGAGGCCCGGGCCGCAGUAGGGGUAUUCUGGAGAGCCCAGUGUGUGGGUUCAUCGUGGUUACAGCUGUGGACACUCAGGCGCAAGUGAUGACUGUGCUGUCGCCCGCUCCAAGGCCGCUGCCACGGCACACUCUGCUCAUCAUGGACAUUCGCUUCAUUGACCUCAAAUAGAAGACUGACAAGAAGGGAGGGAUUACUUAGGGGAGGACAGUUGUGCUGGGUCCACAGGAGGUCAAAUAAUCUGUUCAGAGCUUUUGGGACUUCUGUUUUGUUCUCCAAAGGAGUUUUUUAUUUUAAACUUAUUUUGAUAGAGAAACUUUUAUUACAACAAUGUGAUAUUUAUGAAAGCCUGUAUCCGCCACUGGAAAAAAUCUGUAGCCAUUUAGUUGUAAUUUUGAUUUGCUGUCUCAUAAGCAUCUCAUAAUUAUGAAUCAUAUCAGUACUUACUGUGACGUAAUUAUAACUUACAAUCUCAAUUAUGUAUUAUUGUCUCAUGGCUUAGUAUGUCAUAAUAAUGCGAUUCAAACUCAUAAUUAUGACUUAAUAUCUCAUAACUAUGACAGCAUUUUAUUAUAAUGAUGUCAUAAUUAUUACUCGGAAUCUUGUAAUUACGACUGACUUUCUCAUAAUUUACAUUGUCACAGUUUCUCAUAAUUAUGAGAAGCUUUCUCAUUAUUAUGAGAUACUUAUUAGAAGGUUUUCCAUAAUUAUGACUUAGUAUCUCAUAAUUAUGACAUGGCGUCUAAUUAUCGUGACUUGCUAUCUCGUAAUAAUGACAUUCUGUCUCAUAAUUAUGGAAAACUUUCUCAUUAUUAUGACUUACUAAAUGGCUAUCUAUUUUUCACGGGAUUCCAUAGAUUUUUGCAUCUUUUGUGUUAAAAUAAACACUGUUAUGAAUUUAUAAUAAA